CCGCUAUUUCCGGUUCCGGCGGUUGCUAAAACAUGGAGGUACAGAUCGGUCCGGCACGGACCAUCAAAACGGAGCAGGUCGAUAUGGAAACGGACGUCCACGACGCGGAACAGGACGAAGAAGGCGGAUUUUACAAUCUGGAAAGCGCGACUCCACAAACGCUCAAGAUGAAAACGGGAGAGGCCGAUAUCGUGGUCGAUCCGAAAGCGAGUCCAACGGUGUACGACGAAUCGAACCUCGAUUUCGACGCCAACGCGCUGGGCCGCAUGGACGUUUGGCAUCAGGUUUUCAUCCUGCACGCCGGUCAGGCCACCAAAGACAAAAUCCUGGAAUCGCUGUUCGCCAGCGUGCCUCUCGUGGACUUUUUCCCGGUCGCCUACCGACACUACACGAACCUCGAUUUCUUCCUGGUACGGAUGUGCGAGAACGCGCUCCGGGCGCUCUUCACGGCGGGCCUGCGACUGAAAGUUGGCCAGUCGCAGUUGCCGCUGCGAGUGCGCUUGUGCGCGGCCAAAUUCCAGCAGGGACAGAUUUUUACCCGCGCCACCAUCGCCAAAGCGGUCAAGGAGCGGGCCGACAAUUGCCAGCUUUAUGGACAGGCAAACCUACUCAAUCUGGAGUAUUUUGCGUGCCACCCGGCUCUCGAGGAGCUGUGCGUCUGCCUCAGCAAUCGGUCCCAGUUUGAGAUGGUGUGUUCCGAUAUCGGCAACGUGAUGUGUAAUCUACCGCACAUCAACGGAGUCCGGCUGUCGAACAACGGCAUAUGCCACGUUACGCUGCUGGCGGCCUUGAAGGGGAAGCAGCUGCUAAGUCUGGAUCUGCGAGGGAACCGCAUACGACACCCGAGUUCGAUGCGGCCGUUGAAGGAAAUCCCGCUGAUGGAGCUCUACGUCGAGGGCAAUCCGCUGACGGACGUGCUGGAUUAUCAGCAGACUUUGCGCGGCUUUUUCCCUUCGCUUAUCAAACUGGACAGUGCCGUCACGUACAGCGAAGCGAACGUUGUCGGCGAGGGUCGCGACGAGGAGGAAGAAGAGGUGGAGGUGGUAUCCCCCGGAACGGUCAUUGAUGAAUUCGAGAUGAAUCCGGUCGCAUUCCACAAGUACCAGCUGACACCACACUGGCAUCUCGUGACGGUGCUCCACGAUGGGACCUGCGGCAAGCAAACCAUACUGGAUGCGUUCGUCCAGUGGAUAACACAGUACGACUUUUACCCGUGCUACUACAAAACGUACUCGAAAAAGGACGAGUUCCUGGUGCGUAACUGCUACGAUGCGCUGCUCUUUUUGGUGCAAAACAAACUACGCCUUCCACUGCCGGGAACGAACACCACGCUCAAGCUGACCAUCGCCAUGAACGUAGCCGAGGCGGGACCAAAUCAGGUGGUACCGAAGAAGAAGCUGGAGCAGUUCGUCAUGAAGCGGUUCAGCCAGAACUGCUUGGAUCUCUGCUCGAUGCAGACAGAGUUUAACACGAUCAAGUUCGUAGACUUUAGUGCGAAAAGCCCGAGAACGUUGAAGCACAUUGUGGACAUUGCGGUCAAGAGCCUCGGGGCCAACUGUUUCCUUAUUCGCUUGCGCAACAAUGAGCUAGAGAACUGUGACGGGCUGUCCGGGUUGGCCAAGUUUACCUGGUUGGCUUCAUUGGAUUUACGAAACAAUUCGUUGGCCUCAUUUGCUGCGUUGAACAGUAUCCCGCGGAACUUGAUCAAGGAAGUGUUUCUAGACCGCAAUCCGCUGUGCGGCGAGAAGCCAACCUGCGCCGAGUACAUCUCUGAGGUGAAGCGAUACUUUCCCCAGCUCGAGCGGCUCGAUGGCCGUCCGUUGCUUGGCGACGGUGUGCUUAGUUACUGCCAGAACUACAUUUGCUCCCAGGAUGCGUACAAAUUUGCGGACGCCUUUGUUCAGCACUACUUCAAACUGCAAGAUUCGUUCCAGCGUGUAGUACUGCAAGAUCUGUACCACCCGCAGGCACUGUUCUCGAUGACUUGUGAUUUCGCCAUCGAUCGGUCGGUAGCACCGGACGAGAACGUGCAGCGGCAGCUGGCGUACAGCGAGCACAGUCGCAAUCUGUUGAAGCGCGGCAAAUCCUCGGAUGAUGUACGGAAGUCGCUCGUCAUGGGUAACGAGUCCAUCGGAUACGUUCUGAACUCGUUCCACAAUACCGCGUACGAUUUUAUGUCGUUCCGUAUCGAUGUGCCCAUCUUCACGCCGGACAAUGUACUGAUUACCGUGCACGGUAGACUGACGGAGGGCAUCAACUGUGAAACGGGAUUUACGCGUACUUUCUACAUUCAACCGGCUGGCAUGGGCAAGGGACUGUUUAGCGAUGCACUGGAUUACAAGAUCUGCAAUGAUCUUUUCCACAUGUACACGCUCUCGGCGGAGGGUCGUAACUAUAUGGAUAAGCGUACGGUCGAGGAGAAUAAGAGGAAGCAACUUCAACAACCACAAGAGAAUAUCUGCUCGUCCGAACCGGAUGAUCGUGAGAGUACGCUGAUCGUGUUCAAACAGCUGACCAAACUGAACCGGCAGUGGUGCGUCCGGUGUCUGGAUGAAUCGUCCUGGAAUCUCAAGGUAGCCCUAAAUGUGUUUCUGAAGCUCUACGAAGCACGCCGCAUUCCGAAACUGGCCUUUAUCGAGAGCGACGAGUAACGCGAAGUGAACCAAGAUCAGCUUAUAUCAAGGAACAUUUGCUGGAAUUCCACAAUAUUUUCUACUCUUCCAAAAACCAAUCUCCAAUACUGAAAUGAAAUGUGAUAGAGUGAACUUAUGUACAAUUUGAAGUUUUGUAAAACCAAUUUAAGACCAAAUACGGCCAUAGCCUUAUCUUUUGAGUACAAAUAAAAUACCAUUACA